CUUCCAGUUCAAAUCCUACUGCUACCAAACAAAAAGCCGGGGCCUUGGCUUAUUGUUGCAAGGGGAAGAGGAAGCAACACCGGCAGUCAAUUCCCGUGGACGCCACCAAAUCCCUCUUUCAACAAUACAGAUCUUGCCUCUCCCAUGGAUCCUACCAUUUUCGAUAGGGAGAGACACCUAGCCUUCCUGGAAAGGAUGCUGGAGCGCCUGCCGGAAGAUUAUGAGUCACAGGAGAUCAACCGCCUUACAAUCGCCUACUUCGUCAUCUCUAGCCUUGCCCUUCUUGAUGCUCUAGAUAGGGUUAACAAGGAUCAGUUGGUCAGUUGGGUUUUGUCAUUUCAGUUUCAUCCUAGUAAUGACUCCGAUCUGAAAAACGGACAAUUCUAUGGAUUUGGUGGUUCCACACCUGCAAGUGCUUUCAUUGAUGAUGAACCGGCGUCUGGUAACAAUUGCAGCCACCUAGCCAGCACUUAUUGUGCUCUUGCCAUCUUGAAAGUCGUUGGUUACAGUUUCUCUGAUUCUAACUUUGAACUGAUAUUGGUCUCAAUGAGAGAGCUUCAACUGCCUGAUGGAAGCUUUAUGCCCACUCAUACAGGGGCAGAGGCAGAUCUUCGAUUCAUAUAUUGUGCUGUUGCGAUCUGUUUUAUGCUUAACAAUUGGACUGGAAUGGACAAACUGAAGGCAAGGGAAUAUAUACUUAAGUGCCAGUCAUACGAUGGGGGCUUUGGUUUAGUGCCUGGUGCAGAGUCCCAUGGUGGUGCAACGUACUGUGCAGUGGCAGCUCUCCAUCUUAUGGGUUAUAUGGAAACCGGCAUCAUAUCUAAAUUAUCUCAAACACUUGCUAUUGAUAUGCCACUAUUAGUGGAGUGGAGCUUGCAGAGGCAAUCUGUUGAUGGAGGAUUCCAAGGCAGGGCCAAUAAGCCCAGUGAUACAUGUUAUGCAUUUUGGGUUGGUGGCGUUUUGAAGCUUUUGGGUGGAUACCAAUUCUGCAACAAGGAAGCUCUGCGUAGUUUUUUACUUUCUUGCCAAUCUAAGUUUGGUGGCUUCAAAAAAUUCCCAGAUAUCAUCUAUCCUGAUCUUUACCAUUCCUUCUACGGAUUUUCUGCAUUAAGCUUAUUGCAAGAACCUGGACUUAAGCCUCUUCAGGUUGAAUUAGGCAUCCCUUAUAUAUCUGGUGCUGGAAUCUGA